AUGACAAGCCAAUUUAAAGAUAUGUUCGACCUUGUAGGGGAAUCCGACAGGAUAGUCAUCCAUGACAACUCCUCUAAUGUCCUCUACAGUUCUACCGAGAAAGCCGAAUUGAUAUCUUUGCAACAAGCAUUACAUCAAUGCCUUGAGAAGCCACUCUUCCAUUCCCACGGAAUCAACAGUGGCAACAAUCCCACAAUUACACUAUACCGCAACGGUGAAGAAUUGCUUCAGAUAUCUCAUCACUCCAGCUGUAAGAGUAUUGAAUGUUCUCUUUACAGCUUUGACAUUCCAUUGUCCAAAGCACAAACGUGGUUAGAAUGGUUUGAUCACAAUAAUGUCAACAGUCCAAGACAAGAGUUCGAACGGCUGGCCGCUCGAAGAAGAGAACAAAGAGAAACCUACAAGACGUUCAUGCGGAAUAUGCCACCCUACCUCUUGUCAAUCUGGAAGAAGCACGAAUCGACCAUUCGAUUUGAUGGCAAGUGCCCAGACGAUCUGAAGCGAUCCCUUCGCAGGAACCUUUGUGGCAAGACUUUGGAUGAGAAGAUUGCCGACGUUCUAAUCUGGUACGGCACAACUGCAAGCGCCAAGAACCGUGGCAGCCCGAUCUACGAACGAGCUGUCGAAGCGCUCCUUCUUGCAUUUGAUGAGCAAGACAUUGAGAGUGCAGUUGAAUCGCAAUUUAACGAACAAGGAACACUUUCCAAUCCAAACCUAAUCACGGGUUGCUACAAGCUCUUUAGAAGUUUUCGAUUCAAGAAGAUGUAUCCUGAAGGCCUCAAUCUGGAGUCAAUAAGACAGCCACAGCUUUUAGGAGUUACUUUCUAA